AUGCCUAUCACUACACCACCUCCUAGAGCUAUGUUUGUUGGAGGGCUGCCUAGUGGGGCUAUAGAAGCUAUAAAAGCUGCAUAUGGAACAGUGGUGAAAAUGCUUGACCCUCCAAAAGAUGGAUUUAAUCUCACACUAAGGCUGAAUUUCUCAAAGCUUUCUCCUGAUGAAAGUCUUACGAUGAAUUCCCUGUCAAAAUAUCUUUUGCGUAUUGACCUGCAUAAUUUAGAUUAUGAUUUCUUCACUUUUUUCCUUAACUCAAAGUGCCUCAUUGCUAUCAGGAAGCUGAAACUAGACAAUAUGCAGGAAUUGCAUUGGACUCUCUUGACUUGCUUGAUACUCUUUGAUCUUGUUCAGGAAUUCGUUGAAGCGCAUCGUAGUGCUAGUGCUGGACUGAAUAAUGCUCCUUCGUGUCAAUGGUCACCUUCACCACCUGAAGAACUUGCAGGAGUGCCUGCAGAAGCGUUAUCCGCAAAUGCUGGCUUUGUUUCUUUUGUCAUUUUCCCACGCCAUGUCGACAUCAAGAAGAUAGAUAGAACUGUAUGGCUUUUGUCAACCUUUCAUGCAUAUGUUAGUUACCAUGUCAAGGUAAUGUUCCUCAUCCUCAAGUCCAACUUUAUCUACUUUUAUGCCCCUAGUUUUCACUACUUUGCUGUAUUUUAAUUGAAAAUUUCAAGUUUGUAG